AUAACUGCUAUGAGUCUUUCUCUUGUACCGGUUACGAAAGGAUAUUGCAGAGCUAUAAUUUCUAUUAGAAUAAUAUAUUCUAUAUGAAAAUCCUUGAAAAAUUAAAAAUUGAGGAGAACGCAAAUAUUGAAUAUACAUACACUAAUUAUUAGAAAGGUGUUCUUAGUUUAAUUUUGAAUAUGAGAUUAUAAUCUUAAAAAAAAAUUUUUUAUUGCACCUUGCCGUCAAGGUCAAAUUAUAAGUGUUAAUAUAUAUAAAUUUAUGUAAUAUUAUUUUAAGAUAUAGCAUACUUGAAAAUUGAUUUGUUUAGAGUGAAAAUUGAGACACUAUAAAAUACAAAAAUAACAAAAAAAUGAUUACUAAUUCACAUGAAGUAAAUCCUUUGCAAUUUGAUAGUGAAAACCAAAGCUUAGUCAAUAGAAAGCAGUAUUCGGGACAAUCUAAUUUGUCCAGAUCACCAUCGAGCGCUAACCGAGAUGAUCAAUCGCCUUCAAGAAGACCUACUACAACCAAAAAUACAAUUUCGAAACCCGUUAUGAAUUCUGAGGGAAGUGAAGAUUCUUUAGAAUACUAUAUAAAGUUUCCUUUGCCAAAUUUUCGGAAUGAGAAUGAUGAUCUAGUAUUUGUUUACAAUGAUUCAAACGUUCCCGUAGUACUUCUUUUAGGGUGGGCUGGUUGUCAAGACAGAUAUUUAAUGAAGUAUUCGAAAAUAUAUGAAGAUCGCGGUCUUAUAACUAUACGGUAUACUGCCCCAGUCGAAAGCAUGUUUUGGAAACGAUCUGCCAUGAUACCUAUAGGUGAAAAAAUUGUUAAAUUAAUCUAUGAUAUGAACUUUGAUAAACAUCCCAUGAUAGUUCAUGUAUUUUCAAAUGGUGGUGCUUAUUUAUACCAGCACAUAUCAGUAGCCAUGAAGGAAACCAACCGACCCAUAAAUAUUAAAGGAAUGAUAUUUGAUUCAGCGCCAGGAGAUAGAAGAAUUAUGAGCUUAUAUAGAGCUAUGUGCACAAUAUAUGGAGGUAAAAUAAGAAAUCCAAUUAUAAGGUCUAUAAUAGCAUGGGCAAUAUCUAUUACUUUAAGUGUAAUGUGGAUAACUGAAGAAACCUAUCUUGCCUUUAAAAGCCUUUUUAAAAAAGUGGAAGGAGCCCCGCAAACAAAGCCUUAUUCCGAUUUGAAAACUGAGUAUACAAAUUUUCCUCAAUUGUUUUUGUACACAAAAGCGGAUCCAAUCAUACCAUAUACGGAUAUUGAACAUUUCGCUGAUUUUCGCCAAAAAGAACGUGGAGUUGACGUAACAAAAAUUUGUUUCGAAGACGCCGAACAUGUCAAAAUUUUUAUCAAAUAUCCACAGCAGUACGUGCAAUACCUUUGUUCGUUUUUAAAUAGCUGCUUAAACUCAUAUAAAAAUAUUUCAAAUAAAUUUGCUUAAAGCGAUCAUAAUUUAAUUGAACAAUAAAUAAUUUAUAAGAUGUUGAAAAAGUAAAUAAGUACAUAAUAUGUAUUUAUACAUUCUUAGUAAAUUGAAUUAAAAUUUUGAAUUAAGUUCAAAGAACGUUAAACAAAUUACCAUUUGUGAUUAUUUGAAAAAGAAUUAUAAUUCAUGAUAUAAUUUCAUUUAAAAUGACAUAAUGUAUAACAAUGCUCAUUUUUUCUUGUUUAAUCUAGCAUUCACCUAAUAUUUGUUUUCGCAAUCCUCUUAUCGCGUUUAUUUAAAAAAGUACUAGGUAUUUAAUUAAAAAAUGGAAUCAAUUGAAUAUUUUAAACACUUUUAUUAUUCAUAAUUAAAUAUGGCAAAUUUAUAAAAAUAAAUAUAUUAAUAAUAAUAAUCCAUAAUUUUAAUUGAUUGUUACUUUUAAUAUCAUAACAAAACAACUAUAAUUAAAUAUAAAUUAAUAUCAUACAACAGUUAUAACUAAAUAUAAAUUAAAGUAAUAAAGAAAUUUUGAUUGAAAUUUUUAAAGCAAAAUAUAAAUAUUAAAAAAAAUAAAUCUAUAAUCUAUAACUAAAUCAACAAUCUAUGAACGUCUACCAAAAUGCAGAUCCAACCUCAAACUAACUUAUUCCGUAAUUAAAAUAGUAUUGCUGAAUAAGUGAGUUUGGCGUUAGAUCUGCAUUUUAGACGCCCUAUAUUUCCUAUUUAAAUAGAAUUUUAUUAAAUUCUUAUUUGUUUUGCAAUUUCUAGAAAUUGUAUUUUAAGUUAUUGGAUGAAACAUAUAAUUAAUUAAAUCCAUAAAAUGGAUCCAUUUCAUGGAACUAAUUAAUUUAGUUGUUUUGUGUUAUUAAUCAAGAGAACAAAAAGUAUUUCUAUUUAAUUUUAAAUAACCUAAGCAUGUUCGUGCGUUUUUAAGUUUUCGAUCAUAACUUUGAUUUUGUAAAAAUAUAGAACACUGAGUAUUAAUAUUAUUGCAAUUUAGAUCUAUAUUUAUAACUACAUAAGAGACAAAAGAGUACCUUCUUUAAUGGUUUAAACACUUAUGUAACUUAUUGUUCGUAACGUAUUUCUAUAAAUACAUAUAUCUAACAUAUUCUGCAGCAUAUAAAAUUAAAAUUGAAAUAAAAGUAAGUUAAAAUAAAAUUAAAUUUUAAUAAAAUAAAAUAGUUAAAAUUUGAAUUAAAUAAAAAAGCAAUUAGUACUAAAAUUUUUCAUUCAAAUUAAAGAUUAUGUAUUAACUAAAAUUUUAUGGAAACAUAUAGUAAAUGGAAUAUUAUAGAGCAAUAUAAUUUUAUUUUAUGUACGUAUGUACAUCAAAAUAAUGAAAUCUAGCCUUUACUAACAAUUAUGAUCGAUUAUAAUUUUACUAGAAGUAAGAUUAAUUUUAAAAUUAAUAUCAAAAGAUUUAUACUAUAUGAAAUAACAAUUUAUAUUUUACUGUGUAAAAAUAUUGAAACUUUCUAUGCAAUGAAUUCAAAAUUCAAUUUAGGGAAAGAGGAGACCAAAUUUAGAUAAAAUAAUAAUAAAAAAUGAAUUACGUUAUAAAAUUUAUUAUUUUAAUUUUUUAUUACAUAAUAUAAAAUUGGAAUUUAUUGUUACAUAUUAUAAUUUACAUAUAAUUUAAUAUGUCAUAUUGAAAAAUUAUUUUAAUUAUCGCUAAAUUUGUGAUACUUCCAAAGUUCCGAUAUCGUCUCCUCUUAGUCAGAGUUUACAUGUCAGUCUAAGAUUGGCAACCAUGAUUGAGAUUGAUUGAAAUUUGCUAAGUAAACAUCAUCAAUCAAUCAUAGAAAAAACAAAAAUUGGUUCUAUUUUCGUCAAGAAUUUCCGACAGGAAUAAAAUCAAAAAUGGCAUAAAUAUAUGUAAGCUUUUGAGUAAAAUGGGCUGUGAUCCGCGGUUUUAAUGUUUUUUUUUGUUUUUGUUGUUAUUUGUCAUUUGAUAGUGGAGUGGCAGUUUUUUAAUAGAAUUUAAAGUGCAUACAAAAAGAUUAACAAAGAUUUAUCGCCAUGAUGUAAAGGUAAAUCCCCAUCAUUCUUCAUAAAUCGCAAUUAUGAUUGUCAAACUUUGAUUGACAUGUAAACGAUGGCUUACAUUUCUUUUGAAAAGAAACAAAAUUAACUGAAAGCAUUGCAUUAGCUUUUAAAACGGAAAUGCAUUUUUAUAUUAAGUAUAGCUUAGCUAGCAUUAAUAUUUUAAAUUGCAAAUAUUAGUGAUUGGAAUGAAAGUAAUAUAUACUCUUAUAUAUGUAUGUAUUUCAAAUAAAAAAAGCUUUAUCGCGCUAAUAUUAUAUUAAAAUACCAAGGGCUUUGUCAAUUCGUACUUUCGUAUAUUCAGAAGUGUUGCCCCCUAUAUUUCAUUUUAUUUAAUAUAAAAAAAUAUAGUAUGUACAUACAUUUUUCUCGUCUAUGAGAAAAAUCAUGUACGCGUCUUAACAACUAUAGUUUCAUCACUCGUCGUAGAUGUAUAUGUAUAUCAUGUUCUUUCAGCUUAUGGAAACUCUAUACCUUCUUACCUCAUUCUGACAAAAAUAAAAAAAAUAUUUUAAACCUUAUAACGUUUAAAAUAUUAAAAUAUUUAAAAUAUUUUUGUUUCAGUUGAAGCAACAUUUAAUUUUAAUAUUUUGUUUCAAAUAAGCUGUUUUUUUAAAUAAAACGGGAAGGCGUACGAAAUAUGUAUGUAUGUAUAUAUGUAUAUAGGUAUUAGCAAAAAUAAAAGCAAAAGUACUUAUAUGUACAUAAUAUAUGUAUGUAUCUUUUUCAAAUUAAUUUUUUUUUCCAUUUAAAAUUAUUUAAAAAAAGUUAGAUUAAAAAGUGUAAAAGUGGGCAAACCGCCCCAGAUACUGCCUUCGCUCGCCAAGGUUUGCUUUGAUAGGAGCAAUGGUUUCACAAUUCCUCACGAAUGAAAGCAUAGGAGAGACAUAGUCAACCUAAUGCGCCACAUGUCCGCCAGUUUCCAGUAUGGCAGCGUGCUUCACAGGGCCGCCGAACAAAUGUGAUCCUGCUGCAAUUUGCUUCCCCAGAAUGUCAACUGGAAGAAGAUGGCAAAGCAUUUCAAUGGCCUGUGUAAGAGUUAAUCGCAACUCUCCCCCAAUCCACAUUAAUGCCAUCCUCUGGACCUCGCUCGCCAGUCCCAUAUUGGUGAACCUAACACCGUACAUCAGCACAGGUCUCACCAUCACGGUGUAGAGUGAACCAUACGUGGUUCGAUGUCCUACUUCUUUCCAAUGGCUCUCUUGUAAGAAUAAAGCGCAAUAAAUAACACAUGGUAGCGUACAACAAAUGCUUUUCAACUUGCAUACACACAUAUUAUAAUAUGUAUUUUAUCAGUUUUUAAUUUUACCUUAUUCCAGGGAAUUAGUUGAAGUGUACUAAAAGUUUUAAACUGCCUACUAAUAAGCUAUACAGUUUUGCAAGGCUAUACAUUAUAAACAGAAUUUAACUUUUAUUUUCAAAAGAAACUGGGAAUUAUUGUCAUGUAAAUAAGAUAGAUACCUUGAUAUAAUGCAAUUAAAUUUAAAAUAUACAUACAUAAAUAAACUUAAAAUGCUAUUUGCAAGCACUAAAAUGCAAGCAAGAUCAUUCCGCCCAUACAAAGUUGAAACCGAGUCAACAAAUAUGUACAUACGUAAGAGAAAUGCAUUAUAAAUUUUACAUAAAAUACUAAAAUAAAAUCAAUUUGUAAACUAUUGUAAAAUAAAGUUACAAACUAUUUAACAUUUAUAAACUUUAUAAAGUUUAUAAAGAAUGGCAAGUUGGCGAAUGUAAUUCUUGCGAAUUAAAAAAAAGCAAGAUUUCGAUAAUACCUUACAUUAAACGAAAUACAUAUGUACAUAUGUAUGUAGAUAAUAACAAAAAAUGUAUCAACUUCUGAAAAGUUCGAAAUGGUAGAAUAUUCGGAAUUUAUGCAUUCAUACUUAAUAUACAUACAUAUGUGAUUAUUUAAUAUUAUAUGAAAUAUAUUAUUAUAAAUAUUACCAAAUUACACAAUAUAGUAUUUAAGUAUUUAAAAUAAAAUUUAUUAAA